UACGGAAAUGAUACUUUCAACAAAGGGGUCUUGAUGAACGCUGGGGUUCGAGAGUCUCUUAAAGAAGCAGCCUAUCAUUGUUUUGUUUUCCAUGACGUAGACAUGAUCCCAGAGGACGAUCGGAACAUGUAUUCUUGCCCCCAGUUUCCACGUCACUUGUCGGUUGCUGUGAACAAAUUUAACUAUACGCUACCGUAUUCGUACCUAGUAGGCGGAGUGUUUGCUAUCAAAACUGAUCAUAUUAUAGAAGUCAACGGUUAUUCAAACCUCUACUGGGGUUGGGGUGGUGAAGACGACGACAUCGCCUAUAG